AGACAAACAAAAAACACUUUGUAUGUAGAUUGUAUUCCAACCAAAAUCUUGCUACAAUCUUAGGUUUAAGCAGGGUUUUUGGCGGAUAUCUGUCUUAGCGCCGGCCUUCUCCUUUCUUCUUCUCUUUCCUCUGUUUCUCCCAUUUCAAUUUCAACGCCUAUUUUUUCCUCUAAUUUUUUCUGGGUAUUAACUUAUAUCUUCAAAUUUCUGCUGGAUCUUAGAAAACAGUCAAAAGAUGUGGAAAAAAGCCUCAAAAUUUGAGAUUUUGAUGAAGAUUAGAAACUCAGGAGAGCUUAAACCCUCUUCAAAUGUCUUUAGAUGGAAGGAAUCAUCACAAGAUUCAGCACAAAUCAGGCAAUUUUUAGGGCAAAAUAGUGUUAAUCCCAGGUUUCCAAUGUUGGGUUAUGGGCGAAAUGGUGAGUUAUUAUGUCGAAAUAGUGAGAUGGGUGGUUCUAAUUUCAUGUUUUAUGCAAACCCUUUUGGUAUUUCUGGGUUUUAUGCCCAAUCAACGAGUUGUUCUUAUGCAACUGCUGCGGCGGCUGAGGAGAUAGUGACAGCAUCGUCUGAAGAAGAUGAUGAAAUCCGUGAAUUGGUGGAUGAAAUCAACAAAUUAGAGAGGGUAAAGCCGCAAUUGAUACGGCGAAAGGAGCCGAUCAAUAUGGUUGCUGGGAUGACUGCAGGGAGGUACAAUGUACUUAGGAAGAGACAGAUAAAAGUGGAGACUGAAGCAUGGAAUGAGGCAGCGAGAGAGUAUCAGGAGUUGUUGGCUGAUAUGUGUGAGCAGAAGCUUGCCCCUAAUUUGCCUUACAUGAAGUCUUUGUUUUUGGGUUGGUUUGAGCCUUUGAAGGAUGCAAUUAAGGCUCAUCAGGAGGCGUGUAAGGUAGGGAGGAACCGGCCGCUUUAUGGUGAGUGUUUCGAUGAAUUGCCGGCGGAUAUGAUGGCUGUUAUCACAAUGCAUAAGUUGAUGGGUUUGUUGAUGACUGGCUCUGGUAAUGGGGGUACCACUGUGAUCCAGGCGGCUACCCAAAUCGGCGAAGCUGUUGAACAGGAGGCUAAAAUUCGAAAAUUCUUGGAAAAAUCAAAGAAAAAACCUGCAACUAACAACAAUGAUGAGGAUGAUUCAGCAAAAGCGCAACAGAGGCUUGCAAAAAAGGUGACAACUUUGAUGAAGAAGCAAAAAAUUUCGCAGGUUCGAGAAAUAGUGAGAGGACAAGAUGAUUCGAAGCCAUGGAGCCAGGACAACCAAGUUAAGGUGGGCUGCAAAUUAAUUCAACUUCUAGCAGAAACAGCAUAUAUACAACCUCCAGCAGAUCAAUUAGCAGAUGGUCCACCUGACAUUCGCCCUGCGUUCAUCCACACUCAAAAAACUGUUUGUAAAGAAUCACAAAAAGGACUCCGUAGGAGGUAUGGAGUUAUAGAAUGUGAUCCUUUGGUCCGCAGGGGUUUGGAAAAAACUGCAAGGCACAUGGUGAUUCCUUAUAUGCCAAUGUUGAUUCCUCCGUUGAACUGGACUGGGUACGACAAAGGAGCAUACCUAUAUCUUCCGUCUUAUAUCAUGCGAACUCAUGGAGUUAAACAACAAAGAGAUGCUAUUAAAAGGGUUGCAAGGGACAACAAUUUAUGUACCGUUUUUGAGGCUCUUGAUACCCUUGGUAACACCAAAUGGAGGGUCAAUAAAAAGGUGCUUAGUAUCAUAGACAGGAUAUGGGCCAGUGGAGGUUGCCUUGCCGACUUAGUUGACCGCGAAGAUAUGCCCUUACCAGAGGAACCAGAUACAGAUGAUGCGGAAGAAAUUAAGAAAUGGAAGUGGAAAGUUAAACAUGUCAAGAAAGAUAAUGCAGAAAGACACUCUCAACGUUGUGAUACAGAACUCAAGCUAGCUGUGGCCAGAAAGAUGAAGGAUGAGGAGGGAUUUUAUUAUCCACACAACCUGGAUUUCCGAGGCCGUGCAUACCCCAUGCACCCUCAUUUGAAUCAUCUUGGUUCUGACUUAUGUCGGGGAAUCCUAGAGUUUGCUGAGGGACGUCCUCUUGGAAAGUCAGGACUUAACUGGCUCAAAGUACACGUGGCAAAUUUAUAUGCUGGUGGUGUUGACAAAUUGUCAUAUGAGGGUCGGGUAGCAUUUACGGAGAAUCGUCUGGAUGAUGUUUUUGAUUCUGCAGAUAGGCCUUUGGAAGGUAGACGCUGGUGGUUAACUGCAGAAGAUCCUUUCCAGUGCUUGGCAGCAUGCAUUAAUCUUACUGAUGCAUUAAGAAGCUCAUCUCCAGAAGACUAUCUAUCUCAUAUUCCUAUCCAUCAGGAUGGUUCAUGUAAUGGUUUACAACAUUAUGCUGCCCUCGGAAGAGACAAGCUUGGAGCGGAGGCUGUGAAUCUUGUCGCUGGGGGUAAACCUGCUGAUGUUUACUCUGGGAUUGCUGCUCGAGUUUUUGAAAUAAUGCGUGGUGAUGCUGAAAAAGAUCCUUCAAUUGAACCUAAUGCAUUCCAUGCAAAGCUUCUGUUAAACCAGGUGGAUAGGAAGCUGGUUAAGCAGACUGUGAUGACAUCGGUGUAUGGUGUAACUUAUAUUGGUGCUCGUGAUCAAAUUAAAAGGAGAUUGAAAGAACGUGAUGCCAUUUUAGAUGAUAAUGAUUUGUUUGCUGCAUCGUGCUAUGCUGCUAAGACCACCAUGACUGCACUAGAAGAAAUGUUUGAAGCAGCACGUAGCAUUAUGGGCUGGCUUGGUGACUGUGCAAAGAUCAUAGCAUCUGAAAACCAGCCUGUGCGAUGGUCAACACCCCUUGGACUCCCUGUUGUUCAACCUUAUCGUAAUCAUGGAAGACGACUUGUAAAAACUUCACUUCAGGUUUUAACCCUUCGCUGUGAUACUGAUAAGGUUAUGGCUAAGCGCCAAAGAACAGCAUUUCCUCCAAAUUUUGUUCACUCCCUUGAUGGUUCCCACAUGAUGAUGACUGCCAUUGCCUGCAAAAAGGCUGGUAUGAAUUUUGCAGGAGUUCAUGAUUCAUAUUGGACACAUGCAUGUGAUGUUGACAAAAUGAACCAGAUAUUAAGGGAGAAGUUUGUUGAGCUCUAUGAACAACCUAUACUCGAGAAUUUGUUGGAGAGCUUUCAAGAAUCUUUCCCAACAUUACAAUUUCCUCCUCUCCCUGAACGUGGAGAUUUUGACUUACGAGAGGUUUUGGAGUCUCCUUAUUUCUUCAAUUAGUCUGACAACAAGAAGUCCAUGAUUGAUUUAUUUAGUAUAUAGCCUUCACCUGACCAAACACAAAGAUGAUGAUGGACCAAUAAAAAAUUCUCAGUAUUUGUUGGUUCAUUAACUAAGGAAAGUGUUGGAUUCAUAUCUUCCCGCAUGUGAUAAUGGAGAUGGCGAAAGGAACGAAGUCUCUUUGGAUCAUCUGCCUGCACAUUGGAUGAUGAUGCAGAUCUGCUUAGUCUCUUGGAUUAGAGCUGUUCCCUCCGUGUUUUAUUUGCUGGGAAUCCUGCUUUUAUGUAUCUUGAGCCUAAAUUAAAAAGAGCAACAGAGAAAGCGAGCUCCUUGAUGGAAAACUGGAAAGAAAACUUGAUGGCAGUUGCAGUAAGCAGAUUCUACAGCAGCUGUUCAUGUGUCAACGGGUGCAGCAAUAGGUUGGUGAUGCAAGAAUCACCUUAGGUGAAAAAUACUUGGGUGCCAGGCAUUUUUGUAACUGGUUAGCGAUUACUUUAUUUAUGGGACAGUACACAGAAUAAAGAGCGACUAUAUCCAUAGACGGAUUGUUGUCUGCAUAGAUUCAUAUACGCCUUUGUGCUACUAAUGUAUAUAGUGUUCUUAUCUCCCUCUCUGAUCAAUUAUACGAAAUUUUGUGCGAGCUAUGUAGAAUUAUGUUGUAGGAACAAAUUUUUGGCAUGGAAGUAUCUUGUAUUAAGAAUAUUUGAGUUUUCCCAAACAUCAAAUUUGAUGCAACUCUUGAACUGUGUUGUUACAUUUUGUAUAGUGAAAGGAUACAUUUGAACAUUGUACUGUCCUAUAAACGAGUAUAAAUGUAUUUGAUCCAUUCUCUUUGCAUCUA